CAUAGGUCGUUGUUACGCAUAUUCACGAAAUCAUUUCCGCCUCUUCUCUCGGUCGCCUCGUACUGUUACCGCAGGAGUUUACGCACCGGUCACAGUCUGCGCUCGAUUCUCAGCGCAAUGACACAAGAGAAGCUCAGGAACUAGAAGAAGUCAAACCUGAAGCAUCGGAUCAAGAUGGUUCUGGAAAGUAUCUCCAGGAUAAUUAAAGUCCAACUUCCAGCGUAUCUCAAGAGGCUUCCGCUGCCGGAGAGCAUCGGGGGCUUUGCGAGUUUAACAGUGUCUGAGUGGCUCCGGCUGCUGCCUCUCCUGGGCAUCCUGGCUUUGCUGGGCUACCUGACCAUUCGUCCAUUCCUGCCCAAGAAGAAGAAGCAGAGAGACAGCCUGAUCAACCUGAAGAUCCAGAAAGAAAACCCCAAAGUGGUGAACGAGAUAGACAUCGAGGACCUGAACAGCGCUAAUGUGUGUUACUGUCGCUGCUGGCGUUCCAAAACUUUUCCUGUUUGUGACAAGUCACAUUUAAAGCACAAUGAGCUGACUGGAGACAACGUGGGACCACUCAUACUCAAAAAGAAGAUUCUAUAAUCCACUGCUGAUGGGAGUUUUCCUCUGCCCUCCCCAGUCAUUCAUGUAACAGUUUGUAGUUUUGUCUGUUUUUUUAACAUCUCUUUAUCUUGUUUUGGUGUCAUGUUUAUGUUGUUUUGUAGGGACCUCCAGAGUGAGUCAGUUAGUGUGAAAAUUGUAUAAGUUUGUGCAGUAAGGAAGGGUUUGGUUUUGUUUUGGUUGUGGCCUUUGUUCAAUGUUGUGAUAUGACUGUAAAUUCACUUUAAGUCAUGUCUCCGUUUUUUCAGAAUCGGUUACAAGUCAUCGGGAGAUUCGGGACCACUGAGGGAAAAACUUGAAGCACAAUUUCAGCAACAAUAAACUUUCAAUAAUUUGAAGCCAUGAGGGCAAACUCGGUUCAUCCAUUCAUCCAAAUUUUGCACAGCAAGCUUUCUUUAUUUUGCUUCAUUUUUUCCAUGUGCCAAAUAACAUUCUGUCAGGAUGUGAAUUACUGUCCUUAUAAGUUAUUGUGUGUAUAGAAGGCUACUUAUUAUUCUUCAAAUGUAUUUUGUUCACAGCCGCUAAACCCCGGUUUUAUAUUUUGUUGCCUUCAAACAUUUCAAACUGCGCCGUUGAGUAAUAUCCAGUUUUAGCCUCACUGCCCCACUGAGGUUUUUCUGUACGCCAUUUCUUUUCUAGCCUCUGUAUAAAGUUGACUUCCUGCUGGAGCCGUUGCCUUUUUUAAUUCAUCAGCAAUAUUUUAUACAUAAAGGGCUUGUAUUGUCAGAUCUGUAUUUUCAUCAUAAUGUCUGAGAAUGACUGUGUGUGUUUAUGAACCUUUGUAAGGCUGAAAUUCAUUCAUUCUGCAAUACAAAUGUGACAUGUGCAAAGAAA